UGCUUAUAACAUAAAGUAAUAGAAACAAGAAUCAGGAUGUGUUUUCUGAUUAUUAAAUGAAGAUAACUUUUAAAAAAAAGCGUGUUUUGGUUAAAAUUUCAGGAGUCAUAACACCGUGUGGGGUAAGUGAUAAGUUAAAAACAUGUAACACGUUUAAGGGUUCAUUCCUAUCUGCAUAUAGUUUGACACCAGCCUCAUCCCCCAUGAUUCCUUCUCUGCCCAGAUAAGUUUCUACUACGGACUUGUUUUGACAAUCAUAGAUGUUGCUUCUGGCUGGUUGUGCAUUAUGACAGUGGUUGAUCAAACAAGAUUGGAGCUUUCAGCAUUUAUUUGAGAGUCCUUCUAUUUCAUCUCUGAUAGUCUUCAGUCUUGUUCUGUCAGUUUGUCCUUUGGGCCUGUUUCCAUCACCAGAUUGUGAGCAACGGUGAUGAUGUGUAAUUUUGGUGUCCAACGCUUGAUUCUUGUACAGAGCCAAGAAAAAGAUCAUGCAGGAGUUAACAUUUUACAUUUUGCUAGCGCCAGAAUAUGACUGUAUUUGAAAAUUGGACGCAGAAGGAAACAUGGCAGGAGUUGGUCAGAAUUUUACUUUUCAUUUGCGUCCUACACAGUGAUGUGAAAGUUUUGAAAAUAAAGGCUUACUCAAAAUGCAUUUUUAUGUUUUCUCCAGAAAAAAGACAACACAUCCAGAUUAGUAAACCUUGUUAUUAUUACUCUGUCACAGACAUCAGAUUGGGGCAGUUUUGCUAUUUGAAUUGUGAUGUAUCCCAUUAUACUGAUGCUUAACCCUGAAGAGCCUGACCCAUCAAAAAAUACCCAGAAAAUUCUAUUUUCUUUUAAUUUGAGAUGUUUAUAAACCUUUUUUAAACAAUCCAUUUAAAAAAUUCAAAAUUGCCGUAUCAAUUUGUUUAUGAUACAUUUGGCAACUUUUUGCUCACAACAGUGUUGAUUUUAGCAACAAAAACUAGUUUUGUUGUAUUUAUUUUACUAUUCAUCAUGCUGAUGAAAUAGAGGUCUCAGAAACUCAUGUAGCAAAUAUGAUACAGAUGGUUAUAUUGGGUUAAAGAUGACUGUAGAAUGAAAACAAGAUUUGGCUUUAGAUUGUAACAUCUGUAGUGAAUGUUAAGUCGAUGUGGUUGCAGUUUUUAACGUGGCUGAAAUGUGUUUUUCAGCCCUGGGAGUUUGAAUGUGGCUAUCCCCUGUACUUACAGAAUAUAUAGUGGCUCAACAUUGUUGGAAAAGGUACAAAUUCAACCCAGCCCUGUGUACUUUAAGGGCCUGUAACUUGGAAAAUAUUCACAUUAUGAUGGUGGAAUUUUGUUUAGCUUCAUGAAAUAGUCUGCAAUUUUGGUACAAAGAAAGCUGCUGAUUAUUAGAGGCUCAGAUUUUUUCCCAGCUUUGGUUGCUUUUAUAUGAAACGACCCAUUACAAACGUCACUUUCAGAGUCUGUCAUUCACUGUGGACGUGCGCCCCCCGCUGCCGCUCCUCCAGUACUGCACUCUGACUGCUUCUGUCCAAGGUCCUGAAACGAGUUUCUAACUACCAUCUCCCUCAUCUCGGGGCUAUUUCUGAUUAUUAUUCUCCUCUAGAACUAAAGCAUCGCAGCAGAUUCCCACAGAGCUGCAGGGCUUCUCCACCUCCACCUUCCCGUCGACAGAUUUCCACUGUCAUCCUUUUAAACGGCUCAGCUGCUUUAAUCCUGCCGGCUGACCACCGCGGACAUGGGCACGCGUUUCUCUUAAUAUUCCUCCCCUUAUUACGUGCCUGCGCAGAUAAACGGCAAACUGCAGUAUUUUUUAAAUUUAUUUAUUCACUCGCAGUAAGAAAUUACCAGAAAGCGGCUUUAAUUGGAUUUCCAGGCAACAAGCAGGAGGAGGGCAGCAGAAUGGCCCGCAGCCUCUCAGCUGCACCGACGCUCUGCAUGUGGAUAUGAAAUGACAGGCUGCAGAUGGUUCUGCUUCUGUUUUAUUCACUUAUUUAUUUCACCCGGGAAAGCUGGAUCUAUAUCUGUGAUCCAUCGCAGAUACACUGAGGAGUUGAUGGUUCGUUUUUCUUAAAAGAGUUCGUGGUGUUGAACUACAGAAAUGGACGCGGCAAAGAAAGGUAAUGUACACAGCAACAGCAUGCAAAGUUAUGCAUAACAACAUGGUUAAGAUCACUGCACUGUAUCCUCAAUAGAAAUAACAGAAAUGUAGAAGAUAAAGGUCUUCUGAUUGGUCAUGUUAGUAGUAGGAGUUUCUCUUCUUUCAAAGUGACAGCAUAUACUCUUACAGUAACAGCUGGCAUCGUAUUCAAAGUUUUCUUACUAGGACACACAGUUUAUGCUCUUUCCUGCCCAUAUUUUCAGGCUACUCCUCUGUGGUUUGUUCACGGAUGAGUUGAUAAAAGCACCCGCAGGCUUAUUCUCAGUGCAGGGCCUUGUCAACAGGUGUUCAUGUGCCUACUUGGGGAUAGUGCUGGGCUAAGUGCCACGCUGCUCCCAAUAAAGAAGUAGGUCACAUCUGGUCUUAUAAGAUCUCCUUUCCUAAUUAUGUUAGAUAAUAAAAUGUGCGCUGAGACAAGAAAUAUGGACAUGACCUGGUGUGACCCAGGACUGAAAAAUGUGCUCUGUAGAGUUUCCCAUAAGGUUGUUGUGUUGUUUGUAUGAAUCACCCACUGCUCUUUUAGCCAGUUUCUACACAGAUGAAACACUUCUUCAUUUGCUCACAUUACAACAGUUCAGCUCAUGUAUCUUUAAGCCUGCUGUCCAUAAUGAAAAUUUCAUGUUCAUGAUGCUUGAAAAUCAAAUAUUUUCCUCAUUUUGUGCUCUAUUCUUUCAUUUUCUGACAGAUGCCCCCCCUGGGGGCGAUGCAGGCAAAUCAGACACCCUUGGGUCAACUGGCUCGUCCAGAAAAAGAGGAGGGGGGGCCAAGAAGGCGAUGCAGGCCAACAAAUCUGCCCUCAGGGCCCCCCGAGCGCUGUGCUGCCUCACUCUGAGCAACCCCAUCCGCAUGGCAGCCCUGGCCCUAGUGGAGUGGAAGCCCUUUGAUAUUUUCAUUCUGCUCGCCAUUUUUGCCAACUGUGUUGCCAUGGGUGUCACCAAGCCGUACCCAGACGAUGAUUCCAACGCUACAAACCACCAACUUGAACAAGUUGAGUAUGUCUUCCUCGUCAUCUUCACCAUUGAGACUUUCACUAAAAUCCUCGCCUACGGCUUAGUCAUGCACCCCAGCGCCUACAUACGCAGCGGCUGGAACUUGCUUGACUUCAUUAUCGUCAUCGUCGGGUUGUUCAGUGUGAUAGCGGAGGGCAUGACGGAUCAUAAGCCAGGAGAGGCCCAUCACGCUGCAGGAAAACCCGGAGGCCUGGAUGUCAAAGCUCUCAGAGCAUUCAGGGUGCUGCGACCGCUUCGACUCGUAUCUGGAGUGCCGAGUUUACAGAUUGUGUUGAACUCCAUCAUGAAAGCCAUGGUUCCUCUUCUCCACAUUGGUAUGCUGGUCAUGUUUGUCAUCAUCAUCUAUGCUAUCAUUGGUUUGGAGCUUUUUAUCGGCAGGAUGCACAAAACGUGCUACUUCGUGAGCACAGGUCUCAUGGUGGAGGACGAUCCUUCUCCUUGUGCGUUUGCUGGAAGUGGCCGCUUUUGUGUCGGCAACGGGUCCGAGUGCAGGGGCAAGUGGGAGGGUCCCAAUGGCGGGAUCACAAACUUUGACAACAUCUUCUUUGCCAUGCUGACAGUUUUCCAGUGCAUCACCAUGGAGGGUUGGACCGAUGUGCUCUAUUGGAUGAAUGAUGCCAUUGGCUACGAGAUUCCGUGGAUUUAUUUUGUUUCUCUGGUCAUCUUUGGAUCAUUUUUCAUCAUCAAUCUCGUAUUGGGUGUGUUGAGCGGAGAGUUCUCUAAGGAAAGAGAGAAGGCCGUGGCUCGUGGUGAGCUGCAAAAGGCUCAGGAGAGCAAGCAGAUGGAGGAGGACAUGAUAGGCUACAUGGACUGGCUCAUAGAGGCAGAGGAUGUGGAUGAAGAAGGAAACAAACGUGCUGCAAUUGCAAAGAAAAAGAUGAUGAAGAAGUUCGGCUGGUACAAACGCAGUGAGGAUGGAGGAGAGUCAGACUCUGAUGACGAUAUAGCUUAUCUUGAUGAUGACAACGGCUUCUGCGCUUCUCUCAUGGCAAAGUUGAUGGCCAAUAGCUUCUGUGACCAGCUGUGCCAACUGAACCACACUUUCAGGAAGAACUGCCGCGUUGCCGUCAAGACCACUAACUUCUACUGGCUGGUUCUUCUGCUGGUGUUUCUCAACACAGUGGCCAGCGCCUCUGAGCAUUACGGACAGCCGAAGUGGCUCACAGAAAUGCAAGAGCGAGCCAAUAAGAUCCUGCUGCUGCUGUUCACGCUGGAGAUGUUGAUGAAGAUGUACGCCUUCGGUCUGCAGAUCUAUUUCAUGGCGCUGUUCAACCGCUUUGAUUGCUUUGUGGUGUGUGGUGGCAUUCUAGAGACACUGCUGGUGGAGUUUGAUGUCAUUCCGCCCAUCGGCAUCUCUGUGCUGCGCUGCAUCCGACUGCUCAGGAUAUUUAAGAUGACUCGACACUGGGCUGCUCUGUCAGAUCUGGUCAAUUCGCUGCUCAACUCCAUGAAAGCUAUCUGCUCCCUUCUGCUCCUGCUCUUCCUCUUCCUCAUCAUCUUCGCCCUGCUGGGGAUGCAGCUGUUCGGAGGCAAAUUCAACUUUGACGAAACUCAGAUGAAGAGAAGCACAUUUGACUCGUUCCCUCAGGCUCUGCUCACUUGUUUCCAGAUCCUCACCGGAGAGGACUGGAACGCUGUGAUGUAUGACGGCAUUAUGGCGUACGGAGGGCCGAUCUUCCCUAACAUGGUCGUGUGCAUAUAUUUUGUCAUCCUCUUUGUCUGUGGUAACUACAUCCUGCUCAAUGUCUUCUUGGCUAUCGCUGUCGACAACUUGGCAGGAGGUGGAGGAAAGAAAGCAGUCGAAGAGAAAAAGGAAGAGGAAGAAGAGUGGGAUGAGGAUGAAGAGAAAGAGGAUGAAGAUGCAGGGAACGAGGAGGAUGACUGGCAGGAAAACGAGGAGCUGCGAGCCAUCGAGGGACUUGAGGGCGUUGCUCCAUUAAAGCCUGAUUUCUCCGGGCCCAAAGAAAAGAUUGUUCCAAUACCUGAUGGAAGCUCCUUCUUCAUUCUUGGAAAGAAAAACUGUUUACGAGUCGCCUGCCACAACCUCAUCCAUCAUCCCUACUUCACCAACUUCAUCCUCAUCUUCAUCAUCCUCAGUAGUAUUUCACUGGCUGCUGAGGAUCCCAUCAAAUCCCACUCAUUCAGGAAUAUUGUGCUCGGAUAUGCUGAUUAUGUAUUCACUUCGGUUUUCACUGUGGAGAUCGUACUAAAGAUGACGGUCUACGGAGCUUUUCUGCACACCGGCUCCUUCUGCAGAAACGCCUUCAACCUUCUCGACCUGCUGGUUGUCAGUGUGUCGCUCACAUCUUUCUUCCUACACUCAAGCGCUAUCUCUGUGGUGAAGAUUCUCCGAGUGCUUCGAGUGCUCAGGCCUCUUCGAGCCAUCAACAGAGCAAAGGGACUGAAGAAUGUGGUGCAGUGUGUGUUUGUGGCGAUCCGCACCAUCGGCAACAUCCUGAUUGUCACAACACUCCUUCAGUUCAUGUUCGCUUGUAUUGGAGUGCAGCUGUUCAAGGGCAGAUUCUACAGCUGCACUGAUGAAGCCAAACACACUCCAUACGAGUGCAAGGGAACAUUUGUGGUCUACAAAGACGGAGACAUGAACCACCCCAUGGUCAGAGAGCGGAUUUGGCAAAACAGCGACUUCAACUUUGACAACGUGCUGAUGGGCAUGUUGGCUUUAUUCACUGUGUCGACGUUUGAAGGCUGGCCACAGCUCCUUUACCGGGCUGUGGAUGCCAACGCCAUAAACCGAGGUCCUAUUUACAACUACCGAGUAGAGAUCUCCAUCUUCUUCAUCAUCUACAUCAUCAUCAUCGCCUUCUUCAUGAUGAACAUAUUUGUGGGUUUUGUCAUCAUCACAUUUCGAGAGCAAGGAGAAGCCGAGUUCAAAAACUGUGAACUCAACAAAAAUCAACGUCAGUGUGUGUAUUAUGCACUGAAAGCUCAACCUAUAAAGAUUUACAUCCCCAAAAACCCAUCCCAGCUCAAAUUCUGGAAGAUUAUCAACUCCAGUCAGUUUGAGUACGUCAUGUUUGUUCUGAUUCUGGGAAACACCCUCACUCUGGCUGUUCAGCACUACGAGCAGUCCAAGCUCUUCACCUCCAUCAUGGACAUCCUCAACAUGAUCUUCACGGUGGUUUUCACCAUAGAGAUGAUAAUCAAGCUACUGGCCCUGCGGGCUCAUCACUAUUUCAUUGAUCCUUGGAAUUCAUUUGAUGCGUUGAUUGUCGUGGGGAGCGUGUUGGACAUUGCAGUCUCUGAGUUUAGCGGAGGAGGCGGCCACGGUGAGGGUGGUGGGAAAGGAGAAAGUGGAAAAGUGUCCAUCACCUUCUUCCGUUUGUUCCGAGUGUUGAGGUUGGUCAAACUGCUCAGCAAAGGAGAGGGCAUUCGAACUCUCCUCUGGACUUUUGUGAAGUCUUUGCAGGCUUUACCUUACGUUGGCCUCCUCAUCGCUAUGAUCUUUUUCAUCUACGCUGUGAUCGGCAUGCAGACGUUUGGGAAAGUGGCCGUUGAUGACGACACACACAUCAACAGAAACUGCAACUUCCAGACUUUCUUCAUGGCUGUUCUGGUACUUUUUAGGUGUGCCACAGGAGAGCAGUGGCAGGAGAUCAUGUUGGCAGCUCUGCCCGGCAGACGCUGUGACCCAGAAUCUGACACUGAGCCUGGUGAAGAGUUCAGCUGUGGUAGCAACUUGUCCUACAUCUACUUCAUCAGCUUCUUCAUGCUCUGUGCUUACCUGAUUAUCAACUUGUUCAUUGCUGUUAUCAUGGACAACUUUGAAUAUCUAACAAGAGACUGGACCGUGCUGGGGACUCACCAUCUGGAUGAGUUUAAGAGAGUUUGGUCUGACUAUGAUCCAGAGGCCACCGGUCGAAUAAAACACAUUGAUGUGGUCACUAUGCUGCGCAGGAUUCAGCCUCCCCUUGGUUUUGGAAAACUAUGUCCUCAUCGUGUUGCUUGCAAAAGACUGGUCGCUAUGAAUGUCCCGCUGCAUGCUGAUGGGACCGUCACUUUCAACGCCACUCUCUUUGCUCUGGUGCGAACUUCACUCAAGAUCAAGACUGAAGGGCCCAUCGACCAGCAGAAUGAAGAGCUGAAGGUGAUUAUUAAGAAGCUCUGGAAACGCACAAAGCCUAAACUCAUCGAUGAAGUCAUUCCUCCCCCUAGAGGGGAUGAGGUGACGAGUGGGAAGUUCUAUGCCAGCUUCUUGAUUCAAGACUAUUUUAAAAAGUUCCGCAAGAGAAAAGAGAGAGAGAGGAAAUCCAAAAGGAAGGACAAAGCUGCUUCUCUGCAGCAAGGGCUGCGGACGCUGCAGGACUUGGCUCCAGAGAUGCGUUUGGCGAUGGCCUGUGACCUGGAAGAGGAGGAGGCCACAGAAGGAGAGAUGACGGCUGAUGAGAUAUUCGACAGUGGAACUUCAGCGAACACGACUCCCGCCAGCACUCCGAUGCCUCGUCUAGACAUGCUGGUGGAGCAGACGACCGUGAUCGUCGAACCAGAGCCCAAGAUCUCCAAUGGGGACGUGAUCACCGAGCAGGUGACGGGUUUGCAAGAGCACCAGAAACCAGGAUCAGACCUGGCAGGUCUGAACAUUGUGACAGAGCAACCUGUGAGGUCUGAGCCUCUGCCCUUCAGAGCUGACUCUGUGACUGAGCUGCCUCCUCCUCCUCCAGAAGUGUCAGAUGGAGGACAAGUUGUAGUUGAAGCAUCAAUUGUUCCGGCUGGAGUUGAGCAGGUUUACAACAGUGAAGGAGAUGCUGCAAGUCUAGCAUCAGUAGACAGAUAUGUGUACCCAGAGGCUGUUUCUCCUCUACCAGCUGAGACAGGCUACAAUGUCCAGAGUCUGGAAAGAGCGAGCAGCAUUGGAGAAACACCUUAUGACCCUCACCAAAACAAUGGCUUUGUGAGCAACGGCUACAGUGACACGAACAUGAACGGUGGAAGCGUCGGUGCAAGUCCCACUCCCUACGCAACAGAAGCAUACAAUAGCAACGGAUACACAGGCUACAAUGGGAAUGGCAGCAUCAUCAGCACCAAUGGAAAUGGAAGUACGAUGAACGGCUGCAAUGAAAAUGGCAGCGGUUACAACGGGAACGGCUACAACGGGAAUGAGAACAGCGAUGCGCAGUUUGUCAGGAGGCGACUGCUUCCUUCCAUACCCAAAGGCCGUAAGCCUGCCUUUAACUUCCAGUGUCUGAGGCCACAGAGCAGCGUGGACGACCUCCCCAUCCCAGGAACCUACCAUGGGAACACGUCUCCAUCCAGAUCUCGUCUACAGACCCAGCACAGCCUGGACUCACGGCCCAGCAGCGUUUCUUCGAUGUCAUCCGCCUCCUGGGUGAACACAACAGCAGCUGGCGCCACUCCUGUUCCCGGAAUAAUUGCCCCCUCAGGGCGCAGGGGCAAGCUCAUCUACACUCCCAUGAUCCUGGUGGACGAAGCCACCGGUACCAGUCAGCCGCUGUGGAAUGACGGCUCUGCCAGCCUCCCAGCAGGACGUCGACCCGGCUGGUACCCCGGUCAGACCAGGACCUUCACAAGCGUCAGGAUGCCGCCUCCUGUCAACCAGGGCCUCGUCAACAAAGGCAGCGCAGACAGUCUGGUGGAGUCGAUCUUGAUCUCCGAGGGUCUCGGCGUCUACGCUAGGGACCCGAAGUUUGUGAACUUUGCCAAGCGGGAGAUUGCAGAAGCCUGUCACAUGAGUCUGGAUGACAUGGAGAGCGCUGCUGCUGACCUGAUAGCACGAGGAGCCAGUCAGUCCAUAUCCCGCUUUGAGGACGAGCUGGCCGACGAAAUGAACUGUGUGAUUUCUUACUGAGAUCAGCAACGUGAGAAAGUGAAUUCUGAUUAUGAAGUUUGUAUAAAAAAGGAUCAAAAUCUUUCAUGUGUCGAACAUCCUAUAAGGUAUAUUUUACUUUUUUUGUGAAUGCCAAAACACACACACACACGGAUUGUGGGAGCACAUGUCAGCAUGCGGCAGGACUCAGCUGAUGAACAUUUUGACUGCAGUGUUUCACAGAAGAGUCCUCUGCGGUUCUCAGCGUUACUACAAAGGACUAUUUUUUGCAUUGUACUCUGGUUUUGUACUGUACUUGAAUUGUUGUCACUUUAUACACAUGCAUUCAGUCACAAUCAGCGCAAAUAAUAAACUGUAAAAUAGGAAUAUAUUAAACUCAUACUGUACAUGCAGCUCAAUAGUUCUUUGUACACAGAUUGUGAGUUUCCAGCAGCAGUAGCUAUUUUAGAGAAAUAUUUAAACAUUGAAUAUCCUCUAAGAUGCAACAUGCACCCGUAAAGCAAAACUAUCUAAAUUACAUUUUUGAUUUAUUGUGACUAUCUGGGAGGGAAAAAAAUAAAAAAUAAAAAAAAAGAUUGCAGAAUGUCACUAUUCACCACCCCCCUCUCUCGUGAUCCUUCUUCCCCAAUGCUUAUGUCUUUGUUGCACUGGGUGAUUUACGGUAUUUAGUAUUUAUUAUUGUGGGGUUUUUUUGUACUGGGCUAUUUAGGAUAUUUAUUACUGUGAGGGUUUUUUUGCACUUUAUCAACUGUGCUGUAUGGAUGCUCCGAGCGCAAUUUCGUUGUUCUGUGACAAUGACAAUAAAUAUUCUGAUUCUGA